AUGGAGCCUGCGAGAACUAAGGUGUCCAGGAAAGGAAUAGCAAGAAAAGGAUCCCAGCCAAGUCUGAAAGAUCCAGUUGGGGUCUAUUGUAGGGUGCGCCCACUGAACUUUCCUGAUCAGGAGUGUUGCAUAGAGAUGAUCAAUGACACAACCAUCCAGCUGCACACCCCGGAGGGUUACAAACUGGUAAAAAAACAAACAGGUGACUAUAAGGAAACUCAGUAUACAUUCACACAAGUAUUUGGUACUCAUACCACCCAGAAGGAGCUCUUUGAUAUUGUAGCUAAUCCCUUAGUGAACAACCUCAUUCAUGGCAAAAAUGGUCUUCUUUUCACAUACGGUGUGACUGGAAGUGGAAAAACUUAUACAAUGACUGGCUCUCCAGGGAAAGGAGGACUACUUCCACUUUGCUUAGGCAUAAUAUUUAACAGCAUUGGCUCAUUUCAAGCUCAACGCUAUGUUUUUAAAUCUAACAAUAACAACAGUAUGGACAUACAGUGUGAAGCAGAUGCUUUAUUAGAACAGCAGAAAAGAGAUGCCAUGCCCAAUCCAAGGACCCACUCCAGCAAACAAGGAGCUCCAGAGCUUAUAGAUAUAAUAACAUUACAAGAAUAUUGCAAAGUAGAAGUUGAUGAAGAACGGGUCUACAGUGUAUUUGUUUCAUAUAUUGAAAUAUAUAAUAAUUACAUAUAUGAUCUUUUGGAAGAGGCACCGUUUGAUCCCAUAGAACCAAAAAUUCUGCAAUCUAAAGUGCUUCGUGAAGAUCAGAACCAUAACAUGUAUGUUGCAGGAUGUACAGAAUUAGAAGUUAAAUCAACUGAAGAGGCUUUUGAAAUUUUCUGCAGAGGCCAGAAAAAGAGACGCAUUGCAAGCACACAUCUGAAUCGUGAGUCCAGUCGUUCACAUAGUGUGUUCAACAUUAAAUUGGUUCAGGCUCCCUUGAAUGCAGAUGGAAAAAAUGUCUUUCAGGAAAAAGAGCACAUCACUAUAAGCCAGCUGUCUUUGGUUGAUCUUGCUGGAAGUGAAAGACCUAAGCGGACAAAAACAGAAGAGAUUAGAUUACGUGAAGCAGGUCACAUUAAUCAGUCAUUGAUGACACUGAGGACUUGCAUGGAGGUCCUGAGAGAGAAUCAAAUGAAGGGAACUAACAGGAUGGUUCCGUAUCGAGAUUCAAAGUUAACGCUUCUGUUCAAAAACUACUUGGAUGGGGAAGGAAAAAUAUGCAUGAUCGUUUGUGUGAGUCCAAAGGCUGAGGAUUAUGAAGAGAACUUGCAAGUCAUGAGAUUUGCAGAAGUGACGAAAGAAGUUGAAGUGACAAGACCAGUAGACAAAGCUGUAUGUGGUUUAACACCUGGAGGACAAGACAGAAACCAGGUUCAGGGAGGUGCAAUUGGAAAAGAACUGCUGGUUCCAGAAGCAAAUCUACAGAGUUUCUCACCUUUGCCAACUUGUAAGAUUUCAGAUAUGAAUGAUGAGCAAACUCUUCCCAAACUAAUUGAAGCAUUAGAGAAACGCCAUAGCCUACGACAAACAAUGAAGAGUGAGUUCAAAAAAGAAGUUACUGAUUUUAAAGAUUUAUUGAAAGAACUUGAAAGUACUAUUUUAAAGAAAGACCAUGUCCAAGAAAAACUAAAUGAGAAAGAAAAGGUGACCUCAAGGCAAAAGAUGGAAGUGGAACAACUGGAGGAGCAAAACAAAACUUUAGAAUCUAAGGCCCUGGCCAAUGUCGACACUGGGAGUCUGAUCUGCAAUGUGGGGACUGGUGGACCUACCCCAGCAGUAACGUCUGCUUCUGCAGGUGGCCCUGCACCCUCUGCUGCAGCUGCACCAGCUGAGGAAAAGAAAGCAGAAGCAAAGAAAGAAGAAUCUGAGGAAUCUGAUGAUGAUAAGGGUUUUGGUCUUUUUGACUAA